AUGAUUACUUUAUUAAUUUUGCUGUUGGUAACACUCCUUAUUUUGGCUUCCUGGAUACAUUUGAUAAACGAUUGUAAAAAGUUUAAUUUUUCUGGACCACGACCGAUUCCUGUAUUAGGAAAUGGACACUUAUUCAUUGGCAAACAGUCACAGUUUUUACGUAUCCUGGGGCAAAUUCGAAAAAAGUAUGGACACGUCUACCUAGUACAUUUAUUUCAUAGUGCCUAUGUAGUGUUUUCUCAUCCAAAAUACAUUGAGGCCUUGGUGUCUCAUGCGGAACUAAUAACCAAAGGCAGAUCAUACAAUUACAUUCGACCAUGGCUUGGAAAUGGAUUGCUUACUUCUACAGGUACCCGAUGGAGGUUAACGCGAAAAUUUUUGACACCAGCAUUUCACUUCAAUAUUCUGCAAAACUUUUUACCGGUGUUCUUGAAAAAUGAGAAGAUAUUGAUAAAAAAAUUACAAAACUAUGCAGAUGGUAAACCUUUCAGCGUUUUCUCGACCAUCGCAUUGACCGCUCUUGACAAUGUUACAGAAUCAAUAAUGGGAGUCAGCAUCGAUGCUCAGAAAAACACUAAAUCCAAAUAUGUUAAAGCUAUUCAUGAAAUCGCUAAAAUUAUAACAUUACGGAUGCAAAACGUUUUUGUUGGAGAAGAUGCAAUAUUCAAUUUACUACCAUAUAAAAAAAAACAAGAUGAGGUAUUAGAUAUUCUUCACUCACAGACUCGCAAAGUAAUUGAAGCAAGACGAGAGGAACUCCAAAAUGCAAACAUAACCAGUCUGAACGCUAAUUCGGAUUCAGGUAUUCGCAAUAAGCAGGCGUUCUUGGACCUGUUACUCUUAGCCGAGGCCGAUGGAAAGAAAGUAGACGAUGACCAUGUGAGGGAAGAAGUGGACACGUUUAUGUUUGAGGGUCACGACACUGUUACAUCUGGAAUUACUUUUACAUUGUAUUGUCUGUCGAAACAUCUAGAUAUUCAAGAGAAAAUAAUUGAAGAACAAAAAAGCAUCUUUGGUGAAAACAUGGAUCAGGAUCCUCAGUAUUCUGAUCUAAAAAGAAUGAAAUAUUUAGAACAAGUCAUUAAAGAGGGUCUACGUAUUUAUCCUUCCGUGCCAUUAAUUGAGAGGCUCAUAACUAAAGAUAUUGAGAUAGCCGGACUAAAAAUUAAAAAAAACACGUCAGUAGUAGUUAACAUUUUUGACAUGCAACGUCAUCCAGACUUCUAUGAUAACCCCAUGGAGUUCCGUCCGGAGAGAUUUGACCCGGUGUUAUCGCCACAAACAGCUAAGAAUGCCUUUACAUGGCUAGCGUUCAGCGCGGGCCCAAGAAACUGUAUAGGACAAAAGUUUGCAAUGAUGGAAAUGAAAGUCACUAUAGCAAGUAUUAUAAAGAAUUUCGUGGUGCUACCGUCGAAAUUCGAAGAAGAACCUCUACUUUGUGCUGAACUUAUAUUAAGACCUCGAGACGAAGUUACAUUAAGAUUAAAACCAAGGGAAAAAAAAUAU